CCAAAAUCCACCUGUCUGCUUUACUGUCCUUUAUUAGUCACCCCUAUAUUUACAAUUUUACACAACAUACAUAAUAUGAUAAUACAACAUUAUAUUAUACAAUCUACAAGUUUUUAUAUUAUUUAUACAUAUAGAUAUAUAUAUAAUCUUGUCUUCUCCUCCUCCAAAAACCAUAUUUGACCACCCUCAACACACAACACACACACAAUAUACAAUUUAUUAUUCAUCAAGCUCAUAUAUAUAUACACAUACAAAAUAACUUGGUUUGAUUGAUAAAAUUCAUCAAGAAUUAAAAAAAAAAAUGACUAUGAUGAUGAGCAGCAACAAUGGCGGCCACGACACAUCUUUGACCAAAGUGUUCGUCGGAGGUUUGGCUUGGGAGACUCCCAAGGAGGCCAUUAGAGACCACUUUGAAAAGUACGGCGAGAUUCUCGAGGCCGUCGUCAUCUCCGACAAGCACACCGGCCGAUCCAAGGGCUACGGAUUCGUCACUUUUAAGAACGUGGACUCGGCCAAGAAGGCGUGCGCGGACCCCACGCCGGUCAUCAACGGCCGCCGUGCCAAUUGCAACCUCGCCGCCCUAGGGGCCCGCCGCCCCGCCGUGCCGCCGCCGCCACCUGUCCACCAAGGAGUGAAUGUUGGACCGAGGGGUGGAGCAUGUGCACCGCCGCCGGCGCAGAAUCACGUGCCGUGGUAUUUUCCGGCAGGGACGCCGGCCGUUUCCGCUGCCGGUAUACCGUUUCACCACGGCGGCCAUGGCCAUCAAGUGGUCCCCUUUUAUGGAUACUCUCCGGCCUACUUUGCAGCCACCGACAUAAAUUACAAUCAUAAGCUGGGCUUCACUGGUGGGUCCUACAUGAAUGGGCAUUUUGGUCAAUUGUACCCAGGGCAGGCUAUGGUGGGUCCCAAUUCACUGAUGCCAAUGUACCCUCUGUACCAUUUCCCCCAAUCACAGGCAAUGGGCCAUCCGGCCCACAUGUACUCACCAACAGCUGGCCCAAUUCCCCAAACAGUCCCCGUCUUUAUAUCUAAGCCCACAUCCAUUGCACGCCCUAAUGCAGUUAAUUUGCAUGGCUGUGGAGUGAAAUAAGUACAGCAAUUGGUGGGGAAACAGUUGAAGCUUUCUUAUUAAAUGAUGGGGCAAUCAAAUAAUAGGGGAAAAGAGUUGCAAAAAUAACAAAACAAGGAAGAAUGGUGGCUGCUCAGAACAACAUUAUUAUCAUAUCUGAUGUAGCUCAUCUUUUCAUUUUUUUUUUUAAUUAUUAUUUUGUUAUUGCCAUUUUUUCAUCUGUAGGAGUCUAAUUCAUUCAUUUUUUGUUGUUUAUUAUCUAUUUGCUCUAACCUUGCUCCAUGCAUCUCUGGAUGUACAAAAGAAAAUGAUGUUAACAUGUGUCACUUGAGAUUAUUUUCUAUGAUUAUCAUUUGUUAAACUCCACAUAUA